UUAGUGUCUCUAGAUUGAGCAACAUCUUAAGUAUGAGUGUAUAUCAGCACUUAUCACUGCCUCUUUCUGCCAUCAGCUUCGACACAGGGAAGUCCCAUGUCACACCGCAAGUUCUCAGCUCCCCGCCAUGGACACAUGGGCUUCCUGCCCCACAAGAGAAGCCACAGGCACCGAGGCAAGGUCCGCAGCUGGCCCAAGGAUGACCCCAGCAAGCCUGUCCACCUCACCGCCUUCCUGGGCUACAAGGCUGGGAUGACCCACACACUUCGAGAAGUGCACAGGACUGGGCUAAAGAUAUCCAAGAGAGAGGCGGUGGAAGCAGUGACCAUCCUGGAGACGCCCCCCUUAGUGAUUGUAGGGAUUGUGGGAUACAUCGAGACUCCUCGUGGACUCCGGAACUUCAAGACCGUUUUCGCGGAGCACAUCAGUGACGAGUGCAAGCGCCGGUUCUACAGGAACUGGUACAAGAGCAAGAAGAAGGCCUUCAGCAAGUACUGCAAGAAAUGGCAGGAUGAAAUGGGGAAGAAACACCUGGAGAAGGAUUUUGAUUCCAUGAAGAAAUUCUGCACAGUGAUCCGGGUCAUUACUCACACCCAGAUGCGCUUGCUGCCGUUUCGUCAGAAAAAGGCCCACGUGAUGGAGAUCCAGCUGAACGGUGGCUCGGUGGCGGAAAAAGUGGACUGGGCUUACGAGCAUCUGGAGAAGCAGGUCCCAGUGUCCUCCGUCUUCACCCAGGAUGAGAUGAUCGAUGUCAUCGGGGUCACCAAGGGCCGGGGCAUGAAAGGGGUGACGAGUCGCUGGCACGUUAAGAAGCUGCCCCGGAAGACCCACAAAGGCUUGAGGAAGGUGGCGUGCAUUGGAGCCUGGCACCCGGCCCGCGUGUCGUACACCAUCGCCCGCGCUGGCCAGAAGGGCUACCACCACCGCACUGAGCUGAACAAGAAGAUUUACCGCAUCGGCAAAGGCAUUCAUACACAGGAUGGCAAAGUGGUAAAGAACAAUGCCUCCACUAACUACGACACCACAGAGAAGUCCAUCACUCCCAUGGGAGGCUUUCCCCAUUACGGGGAAGUCAACAAUGAUUUCCUCAUGCUGAAGGGCUGCGUCGUGGGGACCAAGAAGCGUGUCCUAACGCUCCGGAAGUCCCUCCUCGUGCAUACCAGCCGCAAGGACCUGGAGUCUAUUGAGCUGAAGUUCAUUGACACCACCUCCAAGUUCGGUUACGGGCGCUUCCAGACAGCGCAAGAGAAGAGAGCCUUCAUGGGUCCUCUCAAGAAGGGCCUUCAGAAGAAGACCCCAGAGGUUCAUGAAGAGGCAGGGGGUCCCUAGAAGGAGCAGCCCAGCACUGUGCUAUUACUGCAUUGCGUGGCAAUAAAACCAAUGAUAAACA